AUGGGCAGUAAUACUGAGCCUGGUUUCAGUCGUCUUCUCGAACAAUAUAGAGAGGCUAGCGAGGCCAUGCCACUGACGGUCCAAUGUAUACAGGGCCCCAUUCUCAUAAUCAUCGCUGAUAUACUUGCACAGUUCAUUACAGGUGCCCGUACGAUAGACAAGCGACGAUGCAUCCGUGUAGCUCUGUGUCAGCUCGUCGUGUUUGGUCCGAUGACCUACUUCUGGUAUGAUGUACUCCUUCCAUCAUGGGGUGAGUACCUCCCCACUACUGCUCAUAAGGUUCUCGUGGACCAGACUCUAUGGUGUUGGACAUUCUUAUCGACAUUUUUCUUCAUACAAUCCCUGGCUGCGGGUAAAUCCGUUGCAGCGAGUGUCAAAGCAGUGCAGUCCAACUUGGGCCCAGCAUUGAAGGCUAACUACUGCUUCUGGCCGAUGAUGCAGUAG